AUGAGGAAAGAGAAGCAUCCUGCCCAGCAGACAUUCUUUCAGAAUGUUCCAGAAACUCUACGCAAACAGUGCCCAAGUAACCGAGGCUUGGCAUCAUGUGGCUACACGGAGCUGCUUCUUCACUAAUAGCUGUUACAGGCAGGUAACGCUCUUUAUUUACGGCAUGUUUCUGGUACGUAUCACCGCCACAUGCGGCCUCUAGGUGGUGCUGACUCGUGGUCCAAGCUGGAAAGAAUUAAUUCCCAAGAAGCAGCCUAAGUCAUAAGGAGAAGGUUCUGCAGGCACCAGCUUUUAACUUGGCAACUUAUAGAUGAUUUGUCCACAUAGGGGAAAAGUAGGGUGUCAAAUAAUUUGUGGCAGGGGUGGGGAACAUCCACCCUGUGGGUCUGAGGUAGCCUGCAGGGCCUACACCUCCAGCAUGCGGCCUGCUCUCCUCACCUGACCAGCCCACUCCGUACAUGGCAGUUAGGUUCAAAGCAGCCUUCCAUUACAGACCAAGGAAAGUCUGUUUUCAAACCUAAUUGCCAUGUGAGGUGGCACUGGGCUUUUGUUUUGAGGUGGAGGGGGGGAUCCUAGUGACCAUAAUAUAAGGAGAGGAGUCUGUACCACCUCGUUUUAAUUUCUAAAUAAAGAAUAGGGUGUAUUGGUGCCAAAUGGUCAUUAUUAUCCAACACAGCAGUUUCAGAACGGGCAUGGCAAAGAAGGCAACAUUUGUCUCUACAAAUCACUUUAGCCUCUUUAGGUACACUUCAGGAAUUUUCUUUUGUUGAAAGCAUAGUCUUUGCCACUGCCCUCUCAAACAUAGAUUUUUUAAAAAAAACUGAAGUGACAGAAGUCAGUUUUGGACAUACAAAACUGACUUCUGUCACUUCAGUUUAAAAAGAUGGAACAAUCCCCCUUUCCUCUUCCCAUGCACUGUCUAGGAGUUUUCCUGAUACCCCCCAAUUUUGGGGGGGGUCAUGGGGAGGUGAAGGAGGGGGUGAUAGCCCUGUAUCAGGAGCCGGAGUCAGGGGACGGUCAGCAAUAAAGCACCUGGUGUCAGUGAAGUCAACUCUUUAUUCAAAUAAGCCAAAACAGUGCAGGCCUAGUGGUCACAGCAACCCUUCCCUGUAGAUCUUGCCCCUCUGAGGCAGUUGCAAGGACUGAAGGUUCCCACCUUCCCACUUCUAUCUAAGGCUCUUCCCCCAGUUCCUUCCUUGUAUCUUGUCUCUUUGUUCUGAACUCUUCAUUUAUCUUGGUGUUCUGGGAGACCAGCUGGGAGGGGAUCUGGUUACAUCAGGAGGGGGAGAUUCCCUGGCUUCUUCUGCAGCCUGCCUCCACUCUUCCUCUUGACCCCCUCUGCUGCUGCCUCUGAGCCUAGACUGCUCUCUGCCACAGCCUCUUCCUGCUCACUAAACCCUGUGGCCUCUUCAGCUUCCAACACCUCCUCCUUCCAGUCUGCUCCCUCUUCUCCCUCUGACUAUGCAUCAUUGUCCCACCACCAGUCUCCUGGCUCUGAGCCUUCACCGGGGAUUCAUUUGGGGGUUCCCCAUCUGGUGCCUCCCACCACUUCUCAGCAUCCCACCAGUCCAGGACACCCUGUUGCACAAGUGGAAGUCUUUGCUUGGGGCUUCCGCUGACAGGACUCAUUAGGUGAAUCCCAUCCAAAGUUUUUUAACUUAUGGAGGCAGGUUCCAAAAUAUUAGAUAAAACAUACUGGUUAUAAAAAGGCAGCCCCUGCAAAAGGUCAACAAACCUUUUCUGCAGAAAUUUGGCUGGUGUGCAUGUGCAGCAAUGAGAAAAGCUGAACUGCUGCCAAUUAUGCAUCUAUUGAUCAGUACAAGAGAGCUAUGGGGGAAUAAAGGCAAAAAUUAUCAGAACGAAAAAGGUCAAAAGUCAGAGACCUUUUAUGUUCAAUAUCCAACAAGGUAUAAUAAAUGACUUGGCACAGAUUCCCCCCCCCCCUUGAAUGUAUAAGUUCUUCCAUUUCUGUUGCUUCCCUAAGUAUACUGCUUUUCCUCCUCACAUAGCAUAGAAAAUGUCAGAAAAUUGAUAUUUUCUUCACAUUUUAGUAAUAGCCUCUGCAUAGAAGAUGACAUCAUUUUAGGAACAAGAUCUUUAUAGCAAUAGAUAGCAAACUAAACGCUGUUCUCAGCUGAAAUCUGUAUCUCUUACUAGAGUGCCUUCAUGUUUACACUAAAUGGGGAAUAUUUUAUCUUCAUCUGUUUGCCACUAGAAGCUGAAUUAAAGAUUAACAAAUGCUAUUUCUGAUGAGGCCUGGGAGACUUCAUAGCUAGCAACAACCUUCCCCAGCUUGGCCACACCUCUGAGUCAGCUCUCCAGGAGUUGGCUUCCUGGGUCAUAUUACAAUGAAAUCAUAUUACAAUUUCCUUUGUCUUGCUUAUAAUGUAACUCAAGUUCCAAUUACCGUACUUUUCCGUGUAUAAGACUAGGUUUUUUUUUACUGAAAAAUUAUGUUUGAAAUAGACGAUUGUCUUAUACGUACAUGGGUAGCGCCUAGCGGGGAUGUGGGAUUGGUUGAUGCCGCGAGCCAGAGAUGGUCUGCAGCGUGUUAUUGGUGUCUGCGGCAAGGGGUGGUGUUGAUUGGGUGUUGUUGUGGCAAUUGGGCGGGCAAUAGGCUGCUUCUGUCGGCGAUGGGACAGACGUUAGGAGGUUGUUGCGACGUGUGUGUGUGUGUGUGUGUGUGUGUUAGCAUCAGCCAGGUGGGUGAGUCAUUUUCGGCAACCCCCCUCUAAAAAAACCUCAACAACUCUGGGCAUUCCCCCCCCCAUUUUCUUAAUUUAUAGCUCCCCAAAUAGUGGGCAUUUUAUACACGAGGGCAUGUUAUACACAGAAAAGGAUGGUAAUUAUCCUGCCUCUCACCUGUUUCCACAUCAGACCUCAAAAGGGCUGACUCUACCAUUAGGCAGAAUGAGGCAAUGGACUCAGGAAGCAGAUGCUGGGAAUAGCAGUGAAAGACCUGCCCAUCCGCCUGCUGGCAGCCAUUCCCCUCAGAGUCUAUUUGGCAUAUCCAUCUGGAGGAGGGCAGAGCAGUGUGUGACCUCCACACAUCAUGCAUCCUCUAAACUAGCCCUGCUGCCCUCAGGUAAAGUGGAUGAUGGUAUCCCAUUGCGAUAAGCGAUCAAUAGGUACUAGCCAUGAUGACUACAUUCUAUUUCCAAUGUUGGGGGAAUCAGAAGUGCUGUUGAAUUCUGGUCCAGCUUGUGGGCUUCUUCCCACAGCCCUUGUCCCCAAAAUUAUACUUUAAAAAGAAGGAAAGAAAGAAAGGCAACCAAAUUGUAAAAUGCUCAGUGCAUUUCCUAGUAAGGCAAUAUCCUAGUAAGGCAAUUUCCUAGUAAGGCAAUAUCAAGAGAGCCUUUACAGAGCAGGAUGCAUUCCAUUCAUCUGAACAGAAGAACUACCCACUAACAUCCUGGAUUGAGCUCCAGUGUUGGCUCUUAUUCAUCCAUUGCUUAGGCUAGGUACAAUUGCAACAGAUCCACUGCUACUCCUGCAGUGGGGAACCCUGGGGUCUCAAAUUUCAGCGCUCUGUGCAAUGCCAAAAAUUGUUGCCCCCUGCUUCUUGUGCUCCAUUGUAAAUCUGAGUUGUGGCACCCCCAAGACUCCAUGCCCAGUGCAAUUCCAAGCCGGUUGUGCUCCCCUGAAUCCACCUCUGUACUCCUGCUUGAUCUGUAGAAAAGUAGAGUUGUGUGUCAUCAGUAGCCUGAUGGCAACACAAGUUGAAUAAACUCCCUCAUGUGGUGAUUCGGGUUGUGUGUUCAAUUGGCCUUGCCUUAUUCUAAUUGAAGGAUGAAUCAAAUUCCUUUGUCUUCAAGGACAAAAGAACAUUCCUGUUUGACAAUCACAUUCCCUUAAGACAUAUGAGAAUAAUACACAUUCGUCAAAAGGAUGAUGGGAGAGCAAGCAUCUCUAUUAUGUUUACAGAGAAAUUGGACUAUCUGGGAAGAGAUUAGUUUACCUGGAGAUACUGCUUCUUCUUCUUCUUCCUUCAGCACUGUUAUUUUUCUAGGAGAAGAGGUGCCAGAACUCACCACGAAUGCCUCCCUUGUUCUCUUAGAAUGGCACUGGUGCCCACCUGAGAGGUGCCGGAACUAAGUUCUAGCGAGUUCAGGCUGAAAAAAAGCCCUGUCCUUCAGUCACAUGAUCCUGCAAUUAUCUCUCAACUAUCAGUUCAUCAUGCUAGGCUUGCUCCUUGGUUCAAGAGACAUAGCAAUCCAGAACCUCUUAUAGACUGUGCCAUGCAGUUGUCAUUCACUUUCCUUAGACUCUAAAGUAACUGAUACCUUUAACCUAGGCCACUUACACUGCGGGUGCUUUCACAAGUGCUGCUAAGAAAUUGUUUUACAGUGGUACCUCGGGUUAAGUACUUAAUUCGUUCCAGAGGUCUGUUCUUAACCUGAAACUGUUCUUAACCUGAAGCACCACUUUAGCUAAUGGGGCCUCCCGCUGCCGCCACGCUGCUGGAGCACGAUUUCUGUUCUUAUCCUGAAGCAAAGUUCUUAACCCAAGGUAAUAUUUCUGGGUUAGCGGCGUCUGUUACCUGAAGCGUAUGUAACCUGAAGCGUAUGUAACCCGAGGUACCACUGUAAUGUAAAUAAUGUAAAGUAAAUGAAUUUUUGUGAGAGUAUUUAACAUGGGGUAGGAAGCAAGACAGAGAAGUUUUAAACCAAAUGCACAUUUGAGCCAACAAAGGUUUUGCAUUUGAACUGGAGAUGUGGAAAAGCAAAAAACAAAUUUCAGCCUCUUUUGUGAAAACAACCGCAAUCUUCAGCUGAAGAAUGGCAUGUCCUGGCCUUGUUCUUCUAGUGUGUCACAGCUCUGCCCAGCCGGCUCACUUAAUAUGAUUGCAUAAUCUGCUGUCCCUGAGAAUCUUGCCCCUGGCUGGACAAUAACAAACAUGAGUCAUAAACAUGAACCAAGAUUUGUCACCAGGGGCAGGAGGAGAAAAGGGAGGGAGAAGGAGGAGAGGAGAAGGAGUUGUGCAGAAUUGCUGGGCCAUGUGAGAGAUUAAGCAGCCUCCUCUGAGGCAGAAAGAGGGAAGAGGGAAAAGAAAACUAUGAAUGGCACAUAUCUCAGGAUCUGAGUUAGACCUUGUAGCCCUUUCAUUCAGCGGAACCAGUAUUGCUUCAGAAACAGGGCCCUUGGAGAAAAACUUGAGAUUCUUUUUUUAAUAAAAAGAAAACAUGAUGGGGGAACAAAUGAGCAGUAAUGCACUCUGAACCAUCAUUGGUAUGAACUUUGGUAAUAUGAAUAUCCUAAUAACAUACAGUAUUGGUUGAAUGGCUUACUUGAGUUUAAAAAGAAAGCCUGGUGUGCCCUCCCCCGCCCAAGUCUCAUGUCUUAAGCAAAAUGCACCAAUUCCUUGCUUAGGCAGAAAGCAACGUUGUUUAUGGGCAGAAUUUGUUCAGCAGGGAAGGGGUUUAAAGGCAGAUUUGUGCGCCUGAACUCAUUCCAAUCAGUCCUAUCUUCAGUUUCAUAAAAAAACCAAAACAACUGGGAAUGGUGGUGGCAAGAGAAUAGAAGGUUUCUGGAGGCAGCAAAUAUGCUUUGAGAACAAAUGAGUAAUUUAUAAUGGUUAAUGCAUAGUGUUGCUUAACUCACUGUUGUGUAGGAUAAUGAUGAGCUGUUGCAAGUUAUACCUAAUGAGAUGAUUUCCAACUCCAUAUUUAAUAAAUGAAAUGGUGUAGCCAGGAUUGUAUCAUGCCCACUGCAUGACCCACAUCCCUAGCAUGCUGUGAGAACGUUGUGUACUGAAGUGCACUAAUUACUUAGUGAAACCUCCUUGCACCACAGUAAUUGAGAGUAUUACAUGAUUUACGGCUAUUCCCCAGUACACUCACAUACCUACAGUCCUGUGUAGGAUUGUGGAGUGCUCAGUGUGUAACGUUGGGGUUGCUUGUGGACACAAAAUUCUCCCCAGGACUCUCUUUUUAGGUCAUAAAACACUGAAAAUCACCACCACCACUUGUUACAGGGUUACUUCUUUUUUAACAGAAGAAACUCUUCCAUGGGACCUCUAAAUACUUGUUGGGACGCGGGUGGCGCUGUGGGUUAAACCACAGAGCCUAGGACUUGCCGAUCAGAAGGUCGGCGGUUCGAAUCCCCGUGAUGGGGUGAGCUCCAGUUGCUCGGUCCCUGCUCCUGCCAACCUAGCUGUUUGAAAGCACAUCAAAGUGCAAGUAGAUAAAUAGGUACCGCUCCGGCGGGAAGGUAAACAGUGUUUCCUUGCACUGCUCUAGUUCACCAGAAGCGGCUUAGUCAUACUGGCCACAUGACCCAGAAGCUGUACACCGGCUCCCUUGCAACCCCAGAGUCGGUCACGACUGGACCUAAUGGUCAGGGGUCCCUUUACCUUUAUCCCCACACACAACAGGGAACACUUUGUUAACUAAGGAGGAUUCAAAAAUGCUGAGUAGGGGCCAAGUGGCAGAGUGAGUGGUUAGAACUUGAGUGUAAAAUUAACCCCAAAGGUCAGGGGUCCCCAACUUUUUUGGGCCCAGGAGCACGUUUGGAAACCUAGGGGGACUGUCACUGAUGCCACAAAAUACCAAUUUCACAGAAGAAAAGCUGACAAUGCUCAGAACCUCUCUCCAAAACACUCUUCCCAAACAGCCAAACAACAAACUCAGGAAAAUGCCCCAAUCUGAGCAAAAGAAAAAGCAGGCAAAACUUAUGGGCGUUGUAGUGCAACAAGACCUGGUCUGCAACAUAAAAAUAUAAGUAGGUUUGUCAGGGAAGGCAAGAGUUUGCACACUUUCAAAGAUAGGGAAAGAACAAUAAAACAGAAAGGUUCAAAAAGCCACAGCCAACUUCACACACACACUUAGCUUGAUGAUCUAGCUGUCGAGUAUGGAGUCUGAUUUCAGAUUAUAUGAAUUCAAUCCUAGGCUAUCUUUAGAAGAAAAACUGCUGCUGGCACAAUGGUCUCUGGCCCUGGUAACUUCAGCAAACAAAGGAGAAAUCAGGGUGAGGAGGGAGGGGUUUCUCUCCUUCCCAUAAGCAUAUUUAAGUAUUCUUCCCAGAGGCAAUGUUCUGAGCUUUCUCCUCUCCAGGGAAGGAACUCACUGGGCAAUUUCACCCCAAUUAUAGUGAAACCAGAACCGGAGAAGGAAAGAAAAUAUGAUUAUUUUGGAGCAAAAUGUUUCAGGCUAUCACUUCUUGUGGUUACAGGGUGACACAUUAGCUGGGCAAUCAAGGGGAAGGAUAAAACUAUCUUACCGUACUUAACUCAGGGGAGAUUUGGAAAGGUGUCAGCUAAGUGGCAGACAGCUAAUUUAUGUGACAGAGAAACAUGAGUAAGUGAGGUGUCAGGCUUCAAACAGCAAUAAGGAAGAAAGGGUCGUCAUAAGUCAUGACCAAAGUUUGGUUCUUCUAGCUAACCUCUCACCCCCUGUAAUGCUGUCCACAAAAUUCAAUUUGUGAAAUGUUCCUCAGUGAAUUGGUGUGUGGCAUUAUAUGCCGUGCCAUAAGGCCAGUCAUAGAAUAAAGUUUUGCCACAGUAUAUUAUUUUUAAACAGGGAUGCAUGCAAUCCUUCCUGGGCAAUGUUUGCCAAUGCUGUGUGUAUAAAGGGAAGCCAAGCUUAUGUCAUUGCUAUGUGGGAUGGAAAACAUCCACAAAUAGCAGCAAUUGACCCAAAGCUUUACCUGACAAUUAGUGGCUUCGGAAGAGCCAAAAUAGGCUCUGAAAUGUCAUGCCACCUAGUUGAAAUGUAUUCAAGUUUUUUCAAAAGCUGCUCUCCCACAGAUCAUAGCAGUGGCACCGAUAUGUGGAUGUUUUCUCGCUGGACACAUUAGGCCAGAUAUCUUUUAAGUAAGAACACAGUUUCACAGCCUAAAAAUCAGGGAUAGACAAAAUGGCUCCCUCCAGAUGUUUUGGAUUGCAACUCUUCUUAUCAUCCUUGGCCAUUGGCCAUGCUGCUUGAAGCUGAUGGGAGUUGGUGUUCAACAACAUUAAGAAGGCCAUGGGUUUCCCCCAUCCCUGGAAUGUGGGACUGAAACCUAAGCUGGUUUCAAACUGUUUCUGGCAUAUAGGACAGAAAAGAGGUAAUUCCCUUAGCUGCAGCAACCAUCACCAUACCAACAACAACAAUAAUAUCCAUCUAACAUAUUAGUAUGAAGUAAGACUAGACAGGGCAGACUGAAAAAAAUAUAUAAAAUGAGCAGAGUUUCCCUCCCCCCCCCCCCACCAAACAAAUAGCUACAAUCUCUUUAGAACAGGAGAGAAAUCUGAUACAAGAUCCAAUUUCAAGAUGUAAAGUAAAUCCUUUGAGUAAGAAAACACGUGCAUUCAAGGGGUUUUAUGAGAGUUUCUAAAUCCUGGUUUAAGACUCCUUAGAGAUCAGCCUUAUCCCUUAUUCAAAAAGCCAACAUGUUGCACAAUCUGUUCCAAGUGGCACAUCUGAUCAGAUAGAGGAGCAGAAAUUAUGCAUUGCUCAUUCCUCCCUUCCACUGUUUUAUUAAAACACAAGCAAUGGUAGAACUAUUCCCACUGAUUUUCUUCUUACUGUUCCUAUAAUCUUCUCUAAACUGCUUGUCUUUAUUACAUUCAUUGAGUUCAUGUAGUGCUGGAUUAGCUAUCAUACAAAUAUAUAAUGUCAACAUCAUACUGUAUAGCUAUUGGGAAAGCAAUCUCAAGCACACCCAGUAAAAGGACCUAUUAAGAUUCUUUGCUGCUUAGUACAAGGAGUGUGGUGACCAUGUUCUCAAUGUGUGGGUGCAGGAAAUUUAAAGUACUGGUAGCUUGCCUAACAGAAGAAGCAGAUGGACCAUGUUAUUUAUAAUGUGGCAGAUUUCACGUGCAAGAUCAGUAGCACAUUCACCCUCAGUGAACCCUCCUUAAUAUGCGAACUGAGAUAUUUCAGAGGCUCCAUAGAAUCUUCAUAUACUGUGCAAAGUGAAAAGGAUAGCCCUGUUUGGACAAAGUGCCCCUUAUGGAUCUUGCUACCUCUAGCACCUGCCCUGCCGUUGGGUCUGCCUCUGUGAACGGUUGUAUGGCAAAAGCAGAGUAGAGUACUGCUUGAAUGUUUCACAAUUUAUGAUCUCAUGGCCAGUGACAAUGAAAAGGCGUCUUACUAAUCUACCAUGGAUUUUAAUAACCAAUCAAAGAAACACAACCAAGUAAGUGCAGGUGAACGGGAGCAGAUAGCUAAAAUUCAGGCAACUCAGUUGGCAUUUGAAAAGUUCAGUUAUCUUUCCAGAGCUAAGAGAUGCAAACAACAUGUUUACAGUUUCAUUUGGUGGGUGUGGUCUAGGGGGUGAUCCUGCUCUUCCCCUUCUAACAGCAGCCUCAUAUGCAGAAAUUCAACAGGUAAAGCUUUUCUUAGCAUGCAGCUAAAUAGUUGGGAAAGUACCUAUCUACCAUCAAAGUAACCAAGAAUCCAGUUUUAUUGUAGCAUACAAAUUUUCAUGCACUAGAGUCCACUUCAGCAGCAAAAAGUUUUGGAUACUCCACAAUUAUUGGGGUCUCAUUUGGGAUUUAAAAAAAAAAUAAAAUCCCAAAAGUUUGUCAUUAAAAAAUAUGUUCAUCUUUAAGACUCCAUAAGACUCUUCCUUCUUUUUGCUGCAAAGACUAACAUAGCUACCUGAUCAGAGGCCAGACAACUGAAGCCAUGGCACAAGGCAGAAAAGGAGAAACCAGGAGGAACAAUCGAUUGCAGAGAAAGCCAGAACUGGAGAGCAAGUCAGGGCUAGAGGAGAAAGCAAGAUGCAUAGUCAAAUAACAGGUCAGACCCAAAAAACAAAACUGAGAAGCAGGGCAGAACGAGUCAAGACCAGAGAACAAACCAGGUCUAGAGGGGCACACCAAUUCUAAUGAUCACAACACUGGUGUGUAAGCAGUCGUGUAAGCGUGGGAAUGCACUGCCAAUCCUCCCAGCAUGUCAUCUUUAUUUUUGCUUUCUUAAACCGAUGCUCAAACGUUUUACCAGCUUUGUUUCCCCACCCAAAUGCCUCCUGUUUAGGAAAAAAAUAUUUUUGGUAUGAUAUAUGCAUUUCUAGAAGCUGUAAUUGUUGUCAUCCCCCACCCAGCCACCCCAAAAUUGAAUUUACAUAAAAUAUUUGAUUUGGUUGACUUUUUAUCUUUCUUUUCCAAAUUAGGCACCAUGAGUAGAGGAGACUCCCUGCUGCAAACUGCAGUGUGGUGGUUCACCACACGGGGGAGCUGCAUGCAUCUCCUGUGGCUCCUGACACUAUCCCUCUAGUCUAGUUACUUGCCAUAAAAAAAAAAAUAUUAGGAGCUGCUUGUCACACUACAAAAUUCUAACACAGAAACAUAUAUUAUAAGUAGGUAUUUAUAAAAUCAGUUCUCCCCAAACUUUUCGCCCUCAAGGGGCUCCCCAAGGCACCUGACAACAUCAGUUUCUGAAUAAACGUGGCUAAUAAAGCUCCAUGGUGGGUUGCAACUCUAGGCGUGUUUGCUAAGGACUGAGUCCCAUUAAUAUCAGUGGGUCUAACUUCCUUUUUUGAGUGUUAUCAUUGCCUGCCACUUAUUACAAACUUGCCCUAUUCUGCAGGGCUGGCUAGGGCAGUACCACACUGUGCUCCCCCAACAGUGAUGUCAAUGCUGCUUUCUGGGAUGGAGUGGAGCUGCGAGUUCCAAUCCUGUUGGUGCUCCUGCACAGCCCUGACCUCACUUCUACUCUGCUCUAUCCUGUCCUGGUAAUUUGCAGUAAUGUCGCUGUUGGGAGGCCUGCUGUCUGGCACUGCCACAUCACUGCCUUCACAGGUGUCCUUUGGACACUUAGCUCUCAGCCAUACCUGGCCAUGCUGCAAGGAUAGGUAAGGACAUAAUGUUAUAGGUUGUGCUUGGCACAAGGUGGGAAAGGAAUCUGGAGCCAAACCCAGUGAAGCAUUAGGUUGCUCUUUCUGUCCCAUGGCUGAUUCUGCGCAAAGGUUUCACCUCUUCCAUGGCUGUGCCGCUGCCAUGCCAACAGAGGCCAGGCCAUCAGAGGGUGGGAGAUUUUGCAGGUAGUGGGGUCUCUGUGGGAGCCCCCACAUUGCUCAAAGGGCCUCAGGGCCAUUCACCUCAGUGGGACUUGCCUCCCAUUUUAACUGUGCAAGGGAUCAAGCAGGGAGAGCCCCCCUUUUGCCCUUAAACAGCUUCCAGGCAGGCAGAAAUCCAGAACCGAAACUUAAGGUCUGCAAAUAAUAAUACCCUGAAGAUCUGAUUCUUUUCUUUCUGUAUAAGAACAAGCAUUAAAGAAGCAUUAAAGAGGUAACAGUUGGCCCUGGAGAAUAUUAACCACUCUCAGUUUUACCCGUGGACUGCCAUCUGUCCAAAUUUUAAUUUGCUCUGAACUAAUUUUAAGAUGUAUUUUAAUUAACUGAUUGCCUGUUUUUACGUUCUUAUGUUCUUUGUAGACAGUGUUAGUUUUAUGAUGUUAGCUGCCCUGAGCCUGGCUCUGGCUGGGGAGGGUGGGGUACAAAUAAAAAUUAUUAUUAUUAUUUUCUCACCACUGCAUCUCCAUGCCAGGGAAAUACUCCACCUGGAAGUUAAAGAUCCCGAAAAAAGGAGACCAGCCCUAUCCACCCAAGUGUUUGUAGGACAUGAUCACUACCGUUCUCACGUGGCCAAAUAAGAAACGCUGGUGCUUGUUACCGUGGGCAGACGUUUCUUACUGGGCAAAGUCGGUGCCUGUCAAUGGAGGCAACACCUAAGAAAGGGAAAGCGCAGGUGGAAGCAAUUCCCAUUGCUUGACCGUGAAGUUUGGCCCUUGGAUUCCUGUUCCCGGCAAAAAAAAUAAUUUUAUUAGCUUAGGAGGACCCGCCCCGCGCCCCUACAUAGCGCUUGCUGUUGCUUAGACUCUUAACUCGGAGGAGGUGUAGGACUCGGGUGUCCCGGGACGAAAGAGAAGGGGUGGGGCUUGUUACGGAUUAAUUCCCACGGGGCUGAGUUUUGAGCAAGCACGUGCUUAGACCGGUUCCUUGAGGUUCCCGAGCCGCAGCUCGGAGGGGCAAGUUCUUGGGGGGGGGGGGGAUGUCCUCGCUUAGCAACUUUCUUUGAUUACUGCGCGUUUGGAGCUUUUAUGAAUGAACUUGAAGUUGGUGUCGUUCCGCAGAAUCGCCGCCGGGUGGCAGCAGAGAGCAGCGCGCCCGUGCGCCCGUGUGGAAGCCAGCCCUCCGCCGCUCCUUGAUAAGCCAGGCAGCGAAGGGUUGCAACGCCCGGGCUCCCGGAGCAGCAGCAGCAGCAGCGCCCUCCGCACGCGCCGGGUCGUCCCCUCUCCAUGAGGCUGCGGCGAUGGAGCGCGGCUUGUCGGACUCCGGGGAGACCUUGCGCAGCAGCAGCGGCGGGCCUUCCCGCGAAGUUGUGCUCUCGGGGAUCUUCUCGCUGGCCCCGGCGGCGGCGCCCAAGUCGAGCUGCGCCCUGAGCCUCACCAGCAGCGCCGAGCUGCUGCUCCGCCGGCUGGACACGUCCGAGCCCAGCGGCUCCAUCACGGCGCUCAGCCUCUCGGACUGCAUCGGCUGCUACGCUUUCCAGAGGAAAGGCGCUCCGGAGCCGGCGGCCGCCUACUUCACCGUCUUCUGCUACCCCUUCAAGAAGGGCUGGUGGGUGUCCGGGGAGUCCCGCCACAGGGUGGCCAAGACUUUCCGCGUCUUGGAGUCCCAGGAAGCCGAAGAGAACCGAAGCAUCGCCGAGACCUGGGCUCGGAAGAUCAUGGAGCUCUCCACGCCGUCCACCCUCAGCCUACAAGGUGAGCGAGUGCCCCGCCCGGAAAGUAGAGGCGUCUCUAUCGCGGGAUGGGGGGGGGGGGACCGAGCUGGCAAACGCGGGCUCCGGUUUCACCUGCGCUCCAGGAGGUGUAUGUUUACUCGGAAGCAAGCCCCACUUAGACCUUGGUGGUUCAAUCCCACCCUGGCAAGGCAGUGGGCAGGAUUCCUGCAUUGUAGGGGAUCGGACUAGAUGACCCUUGUGGUCCCUUCCUGCUCUAUGACCCCGAGGAGGAACCCCUCCCCCGCCUGGUCCUCAGUUUUCAGUCUGGUGAAAUGGGCACAGCAGGGGCUUGCCUUUUCCCUAUGUUGUAAAUCGCUUUCCAGAUUUAUCAGUUGACUAUAAAAUGGUUAAAAAUAAAAACCCCAAACUCUCCUUUACCUUUACCAUGUGAGCCACAAAUGCCUGAAACAGGCAUAGUUCCCCCUGAGAGGGGCAUUUCAUUUUUGUGAAGCUCCUACUCAGAAAGUAAUUACUUGCGGGAAAGUGUUUAUUUGUAGAAAUUAACCAGUGCAGUUGCUAUUCCGGUUGUCUUGUGUAACAAUCGCUCCAAUGUGCAUUUAGUGGUGGGUGGGUGCACAUGCACUUUGGGAAACAGUUGCCAAUUUAUGCCAGCAUAUUGUACAUGCAUCAAAAUGAACACAGGUCUGCAAGUCAGUUUGCGAGAGUAGACUUACACAUUGUAGAUUCAUUCCUGUGCAUAACUUAAAUGCCUUUCAUACAGGAAAUUUGUAACAUGUGAAGUGUGGGCUGUGUAGCAUGGCUUUUUACUUGCUUACUCAGAAGCAAAAAGCUCAUGGAAUUAAAUGGGACUCGAGCUGCAAACCUUAACACAAUUACUGGGGAGUAAACCACUGAAUUCAGUGGGGCUUUUCUGUAAACCUGCCUAGGAUUGCAUGUCUACUCAGGUACAUUGUUAGGUGCAUGGGUGCCGGCCUAUCACUCAAAUCUAUAUUAAGUUUGCAUAUGUUAAUUUAUGCGUAUAGAUGCCUCUGAGAUAUAAUGACAGUGGUGCUUGACUAGUUCUCACCAGCACUGCACUUCACAGUUGAACUUAGAGUAGGGUUACACCAGGGAAGAACCACCUGUGGUCCUUCUUAUGUUGCUGAACUACAACUCCCAUCAUCCUGACCAUUGACCAUGCUGGCUGAUGGGGGUUGGAGUCCGGCAGCGUCUGGAGGGCAACAGGUUAGCCAUUCCUAUGUUAGAGUUAGAUGGGUUAGAAAUAAAUGCAAAUUAAUGUUGGUCUCAUUGUAAGGCUCUUUAAAAUUCUCUCACACACAAAUGCUCAGAGGACAUACACAGCUUCCUCCUCCAGCUUGUCUGAGCAGAUCAGCUGAGGAGGGAGUUAUUGUGGCUCCUCACUCACUGAUUGAUUGAUUGAUCAAUCAAUCAAUCGGAUGGGUAUAAGAGGGUGAUUUGCAUCCCCAUUAGCAGGUUGAGCUCUGUUGAGCAGAGGGGAUUACCUUCCAGGGGUGUGUCUACUAAAUAAUAAUUUUAAAAGUAAAAAAAUUGGCCUCCACCGCCAAAAUUAAUAGGAUCUUGUGGGCCAGAAAUAUUUGCUUGUUGGGUCUGUGUGAUCAAACCCCUGAAAUGGGGGUUAGUCACCCCUGCUUUAGAAACUUAACUCUCAAACCUGCAAACCACAGAGGCUUUACCUCUGCCAUAGUCCUGCUGAACUGACCUGACCUCCAGAGGUAGCACAAAAGGGGUGGGAGUGAGGAGCACUCUCUGACCAGUAGCUUGUCCCCUUCACCAUUGCUGGGUCCUUGAGGCUACUUGAUUAUAAUUUAAUAAUCAACUGCAAAUUGAAAUAGCACUGAUUAAAAUUACAAUUAUCUGAAAGUUCAUUCCAUUAAAAACAAGUUCAGGUAACUGACAACUUACACCAAUUUAACUUGUGCUCAUUCAGCUUUAUGCACUUGGCAAAAAGUAUAAAUAAAUAAAAGGGGGUGGGAUUUGACUAUAUGCGAUUUUGGCUUUAUGCACGAUCUGCAGAACGUAACUCCCACAUAAGUGGAAAGUUGUCUAUACACUAUUCUUGCUCUUUCAGAAAACAAACUUGUGGAGCAAAGCUCAGUUCCUCCAGCCUUCCCCACAAGAGUUUUUCUUAUACAGCCACUGUGGAAGCAGUCUAGUAUUGCUCUGAAACAAAUUGUGUAUGGGCUGCAGUUGCAGAAGGUGAUAACAAAAAGGAAAUUUUCUUGUGCUUUUUAAAGAACAUAAGUGAAUUGCUGGAUCGGCCUUAAGGCUAUCUGUCUGGUCUCUGGUUCCCAAGAGCAGCCAGGUACAUUUUUGAAGUUUCAGCAUCUUCCAUGGCAUUUCCUAUUUCUUCUUGCACAAUAUUUGCACCUGUGUUCCAAAUCUAGUUGCACAGAUCAUUAUGGAAAACCAUCUGGUUAUGUCACCCUGAUAUUUUUUAUCAGCAAAGUUGUCACCUCAGCAAAGUUUAUCAGCAAAGUUGUCAACUUAAAUUCUCCAUAUAGCAAAAAUUGUGAUAAAAGAUGUUCAGCUUUGUUUCUAGGCCUCAUGAGGGAAAGGCAGUUGCAUGUAGAACCCAAAUUAAAGCCCCGUAUUUCAAAAGCAAAGUCACAUAGGGAUGUUUACCUUCCUGCUAGAAGAUACAGAACCUUACAGAAACAUGUUGAAAGAGCUGGUGUCAAACACUUCACAGCGUGGGAAAGGAGAUGGAAAUCUCCUAGCUCAUCUUGCUAAAUAUUUGGUGAAAACCACAAGGCCAAGUGUGCUGCUGAGUCUCUGUGAAAAUGAAUGAACUGUGGAUGAAAGCUGGAGGACUAAGUCUUUAUCAGAGAGAGGAAAGGGACAUAUGUGCUAUGCAUCUUAGCAGAAGUGUCCCUGGUACCACUGAGCAAAUAGCUAGAUGGUCUGCAGCACAGGACUGUGUGCUGCAAUCAAUGUUUCAGAGAGGCGUGUUUCUCAACAGUCAACACUAAACUCCCAAAUCCUCUUAGUUUCUGCCUGUGCAAUAGGUUGUGCUGACUCCCGGCUGCAAACCAGUUUGACAAGGCAAGCCUGAGUAUCCCGUGUGCAUGUUAACCAGGUGAUGGGUGCCUCUCCCAAAGUUGUUGUGCCACGCUCUCAAGUGACAAUUCAUUUCCAUGCACACCCUAAGUGAUUAUUUUUUAAAAUCCACGUGAACACCAAGAGCUGGUUGUGGCUAGAUACAGGAAUGUUCAGUUGUGUGCAAACCAACUUCAUAUUGGUUUAUUUAAGAGCAUCACACUGGGUCUCUGCAAGGGUCAGAGGUUUUGCAGGUUUUUAUAUUGUUUUGGAAACCUCCUUGACCAGGGGAAACAGUGGGAUAAGACUAUGGUGCCCCAUGGGAAGCCAGGCUCUCUUGAGAACUAUUGUUAUCGUUUCAUCCCUAGGUUACUCACACUGAUUUGCUCUUUGCUAUUUUUCUGCAUCGUUGUCCAGCCUGUUGAAUAAUAAAAGUGGAACUUGUUUGGUGAUCUGAGUCAUCUCAGAAGCCGGUUGAAACAUACUUUCCCAGAAAUCAGUUGAAUUUAUUUCCCAAGACCAUUAUUGCUCUUAAGGUUGUAACAAUGGCUAUUUUUUGUUGUCAGCUGUCUUGGCAAAUCCAUUUCUUGUAGUAUAUUCAUUACAGCUCGCAGUACAUUCAGUACAAUAAAGGAGCUCGUAUUCAGUCUAAUGCUAGCUCCUUUAUUUCCCCCUUUGAAAACUCUGGCUUAGAAAAAAGAACUGGAAUGCUACACAUCACAAAGUUGGCCAAAGUUAGCCAGGAGGCAGUUAAAAGCACAGAGCUACCCUGGGCUAUUUCCCUGACUACAACAACUCCAUAAACAUGUCAUUGCUGCUACUCAGUUACGAGACUAUUCCAGGGAUUGCCAACUUCUCCACAGCUUGACCAGACCUCACCAUGUGUCGGUACUUGAAUGAUGGUGUGGGGCAGGAAAGAGAGAAGCAUUCUUGGAGAAAUCCACAAGACCAGUCCCAGAACCCCUUCCCAGUCAUGCCUCCCAGUAGCUGUCUAAAACCAGUAUUUUUGGGGUGGAGGGCAGCACAAAAGGUAAAUAAAUGCCUGUGCCUUCCCUGCCUCUUCCCCCAAUAAAGUGAACCGGCUUAGUCAGUUCUGGCAAGGUGUGGGCUAGGCCCAUGUAAAACUAUGCUCUGAUGCCCCCAUACAAGCCCCCAACCCCCUGCUCUAUCUAUAGCCCCCACCCCAUGAGCCAGGCUUGAGACCUGAUACCAGAGUAAAACAGGCUUGAGUUUAUCUAGCAGGCUGUAUACAACACUUGAUCGUUUAGGGGCUAUGUGUGGCAGCAGUCAGGAUGGAAGAUGGGUGUAUCUCGGAAUGCUGGUUCUGUUGGCGUUUCUGACAGUUUCUUAGUGAACUUCCAUGCUAAGCGAGGUUUUGAACCAAGGUCUCACCAGUCCUUGUCCAAUACCCUAACCACUCUAAGCCACGUUAGUUCUCAAAUGAUCCCUUCCAGUGUGGUGCCUUCUAAAAUCUUUAUCUCAGUUAGAUUAUCUCUGUCUUAGAUUUGAGUUGGUUUUCUGUACCUGAUGUUGUUUUAAACUGCUUUUAAUCUCUCUCUCUCUCUCUCUCUCACACACACACACACACACACACACACACAGAGAGAGAGAGAGAGAGAGAGAGAGAUUUUGUAUAUGCAGUUCUUUUAACUAUUUUAACAUACACCACUAUUUUUGUAUGUUACAUUCUAAGUUGCUUCUGCAUACCUCAUGGGAAGCAAUUCACAAAUGAAAAUAUUAACCUCAAAGAGCCAGUGUGGUGUAGUGGUUAAGAGCAGUGGACUUGUAAUCUGGUGAACCGGGUUCGAUUCCCCGCUCCUCCACAUGCAGCUGCUGGGUGACCUUGGGCCAGUCACACUUCUUUGAAGUCUCUCAGCCCCACUCACCUCACAGAGUGUUUGUUGUGGGGGAGGAAGGGAAAGGAGAAUGUUAGCCACUUUGAGACUCCUUCAGGUAGUGAUAAAGCGGGAUAUCAAAUCCAAACUCUUCUUCUUCUUCAAUAGUAAUAAUAAUGAUAAUCUCAUAGCCAGAACCCACAUGAUCAGAGGUUGGGUCCAGGCCUAUGAGGUUGGGUCAUUUGACCAUCUUCCUAGCUGCAUGGAAUCUGCUCCUGUAAAAAGCAGCUGCCAUUUGGCUAGGGUAACAUUUAGCAGGCCCCUUGUUGGCUGUUUCAGAAGAAUAUAAAUGGACUCUUUGUCUGGGAGCAGGAGGGUGCUGUGAUAAGAUAAUCAUUCUGUGUAAUGUGACUCACAAGCAGGAACAUAUAAUCUUCUGAUCACACACCGUUCUGAAAAAAUUCACGUGAUUGUGUGGACCAGCUCAGUCUUUUUCUUAGGCAUGCACUUGCAAAGGUGGGAAAAGUUACACGGCUUAUUUAAGAAAACACCUGUUUCACAAUCAGUAAGGGAGCACUACUUUAGUAAAUUGAAAGGUUUUAAUCCUGAUUGACUAACACAUUGCGGAUCUAGUGGAGACCAGACCCCCGCACUGCAAGCCCAAUAUACUACCCUGUGUGUAUGUAUGCACAUAAAGCCAUACAUACUUUUUUUAAAGGUCUAAUUGUAGGAAAUGUUGACUGUCCCCUCUCUUGAAGCCAAAUUAAUUCAGUGCCUUUUGAAUUCUCGGGAUCGAGUCUUUCACUCUAGUUAAAUCCUGUGUUGAAAAUGUUAGUCAGAGAUGAAUGUUAGCCAGAGCUCCUAUUCAUCAGCACAGCUAGUCAUCCAUGGAUCUCCCAUGUGACAUCAGUGCAUGCUGCAGAGCUGGGCCGGAGGAAUUUGGAAACCACGUGACCGCUUUGAGCAGCACGUCUGGCUGGGUCUUCCAUGUGGUGACUCAGCACCCCCUCCCCACCCCAUCAUUAGUGCUAAAUGCACAGGCGGUGGGAGCAGCAACACAGUUGGCCUUGGAGAGUGAAAAGGAUUCCUCCUAUACAAUUUCUGUUCUCCCUCUGCGUCCUAGGCAGGAGGGAAAGUAGAGCAAUUAUACCACACAGCUCCUCUCUCUGUGAGAGAUCUCCUGGUGGGGGAUGCUAAGAGAGAGUGACACGGGGAGUGAUGGCAGCUGACUCUGUGGCCAGAAUGUUGCUUUGUAAUCCAGUUCGUGAACUGACAGAUGAGGAGAAGUGGCGGGGAGAGAUAGCCAGAAGACGCUUCUUCUUGGUUUGGUCAUUUUGCCUAGAGAGAAAUGGAGACUUGGCCUAUAAGGAGCUUCCGCCCCAACCCCCCGCUGUUUAGCAGCUUGUCUAUCUAAGGCCUCCAGAAACCUUCCUGUCCCAGGCAGAUUUAAUCUUAUCGGUAGGAGCAUAUGUUCUCCCCUGCCCCACCUGCUCCUCCAAAAGUGAUUUGCACUUUCUCCUCUGUCCCAACUUCUCUGCAUUUUAGUCUGAAACCCUUCUGGGUGCUUCUCAAAAACAGGCGAGUGGCUGUGCCAGAAUUAACCAGGCCAACAGUCCCCAUAGGUUUGCAUUUGUGUAAAUGGAAUUGGUGUGGAGAGAGUCAUCUAGGAGCAGGCAGAGUGUCCCCACUCCCUACUUUAGACAUAGCCAGGAUUUUUAAAAGAUCGAUGGACAUCCUAGAACUCUCUAGCCCUAUGCAGAACAGAAUUCCCUUCUUCUGAAGCCUUCCACUCUCUGAAAUCUGUAGGUCAGGCACAAAACAUGAAGAGCGUCCCUGUGUUUUGUAAUUUGCUACACCAUCUCUUGCUCUUGGGAUGGGAUCACAGAGUGCACUUCAAUAAAACAGCCACUGGUACCAUUUAGCAUGGUGGUCACACCCAUGUCAACAAAUGUGAUGGCUGAACAAGUGUCUGGUUUUACUUCUCCAACAUCCAUUGGCAUACUUUGCUCUAGGUAUUUUACAGAACUCCCAACUGAGGUCAGACAUGCCUUUCGCUACUGAACUUUCAGCACCUACUCAAGGCACUUAUUUUAAUUCCAGCAGCAUUUUAAUUGAUGUUUGCUUUUAUUAGUUUCAACUGAUUUUUUUUUUUUUUUGGUCUUAAACUGCUUAGAGACUAUUGUAGGCCAGCGGUAUAUAAUUUUUUAAAAAAAGUAAAACAACGUAUUUAUUUAUUUAUCCUACAUUUAUAUCUCAACUUUCCUGUCAUAGCACCUAGGGCAGGAUGCACAUUGUUCCCAGAUCUAUUAGCCCUCAGGAUGGUGGUGGCCUCAUGUGCCCUCAGACCAGACCCUGGAACAUGUACAAGAAAGUGUGAUCAGAGCCGAUUCGGUGGCGAAUGCAGAUGGACUGUGUAAACUUUCUAUGCCUGACAGCUUGUCGUUAUCUAAAUGCACUGACUGUAUGUCCUACUCUGUGGUGUAGCCAAGCAAGGCAAAGUCCAGCUGGGGUAGGCAUGGUUUAGGCAGGAUACAAGGCAAGGCUCAGGCAGCGCUCUGGGGGACAGAGAGAUCUGAUGUUGCUACAAGAUGCUGUUUUAUCCAGGUUGCCCUGGGUCUCUUGCAGUGGAGUUCUCUGAGUCAGAGGAUGGCAGUGCCACUUCCUUUUUGGGGUGGGGGUUGAGACCAGCCCUGCAGGUUCAUCCGAUAGCAGGGUGGCCCUGGGUCCCCUUCCUGCUUCCUGCUCAGAUUCUUCACUUGCAUCAUCACCCAAUGAAGAGGCAUCUGACUCCUGGUCCCUGAGAGUGCCUUACAGAACAUAGCUCCUGAAAAGUGCAGACACAUUGCAUCUUACCUUCUCGCACCCUUCAUUAUUACUGCAUCCACCCCCACCCUUACUGAAAAGCUCUACCAACCUUCUUGUGAAAACUUUGGAACAGAAGUGUUCCAUCAUGUGUCUUCCUGGCCCUGGGCCCAGCUCUCUAAUCUUCCAAGAUGUUCUUAAAAUUGCUUCGAAGUGAAGAACAAAAGAUGAAAGGAAAUCAGGCAGUUCUACAGAAGUUGGUGUUACUGGCAAGCUGGGCAGUGGCGACAGGGGAAGGCAGGCCACCCUAACCUCAGAGCACAAAGAACAGGUCAACGCAUACCGUUUCUGUUCAUCGUAGAUCAGAUGGUGUGAGGUUAUUUAGCACGAGAACACAGAUUUGGAUACUUGUAGAUGUGUGGCAGCCAUGGCAGCCAGCCUAUAGUAGCUUGACAGAAUGCAGUGCCAUCAUUCAAAGAAAUUUGCAUGGGGCCAAAGCCACCGGAACUCUUCAUGGUGUCCUCACAGGUCACUUCUAGUUUAUUCCUAGACCUGGCCAAAGGUAGAAUGGGUGACAAACAGGUCAUGGUUAUUUCCUGCAAGCCUUAAAGUAUGUAUGUCUUGGCUUAUCGGCUUGGUUUUAUGAGUUGUGCCACUUGUAAGCCAACAUGAUUGUGCCAAAUGGAUUUUAAUUCAAACUGGGUAGCUUGCAAAGGCACAUGUUUGUUUACACUUUAAUUCUAUAUUCUCUUCUUUCAGAGCUAUAUCCAAUAUGGCUUUGGCUUACUUCGUAUAUCUCUGAACUGCUAAUUUAAGAUUCAGUGAGAUGUGCCAGUUAUUAAUUUAUGCUUGGUUGCAGUGAUUAAAAAUAAAAUAAAAAGGCUAACAUUACUGCCUCUGAAGAGGCACUGUCAGCACCCACUUGGCCUUGUGCUGGGGUAUGUGUUGUGUAAAACUGAUUCCUGAAGCUAAAAGUCAAGUGUUCACUUCCUUAAAAGCCCUCCUCCCAGUUACAGCCAAAUAUUGCCACUGGUAAGCAUCUCCUUUUACUGAAUUUCAAAUACCGUAUUUUUUGCUCUAUAAGACGCACCAGACCAUAAGACACACCUAGUUUUUGGAGGAGGAAAACAAGAAAAAAAAUAUUCUGAAUCUCAGAAGCCAGAACAACAAGAGGGAUCGCUGCGCAGUGAAAGCAGCAGUCCCUCUUGCUGUUCUGCCUUUGGGAUAGCUGCGCAGCCUGCAUUCGCUCCAUAAGACGCACACACAUUUCCCCUUACUUUUUAGGAGGGAAAAAGUGAGACUUAUAGAGCAAAAAAUACGGUAUUUUUCUCUUUGUUGUCUUCCUGAUGAACCCCUCCCAAUUUAUUUAGCAAUGUCCCCCAGAACUUGAUGCUUUCAUUCAAAUGUGGACCAGGUUUAGCUGGUCCCUUAGGUUAAAAAACAAACAAAAAACCCCAAGUCAUCAGAGGGUGAUACCUUAAUUAGGACCAACUAAAAUGUCACAAAGUAGCGAGCAAGUUUUCCAGUUCUUAAAUUUGACUGUAUGUUAACCAGCACAGCAUCUAGCAGCUGUAAAAGAGUACUGUAGGUAUUAUGCCAGCUUGAUUAUUAUUAUUUAUUGAAUUUUUAUGUCAUCCUUCUUCCGAGGAACACAGGGUGGUUCACAAUAUGAAAACACAAAAAUGCAUAACAUAGAAAAACAAACAAAAACAAUACUCCCCCAACAGUUUAAAAGGCCACAAAUUGUUUAAUUAGCCAAAGGCCUGGGAGAUGAGGAACAGUUUUGCCUGGCAAAACAGACAUGAGGAACAGUUGAAGGAGUUGGGAGACUGAGAGGGGAUAUAAUAGCCACCUUCAAAUAUCUAAAGGGUUGUCACAUGAAGGAUGGAGCAAGUUUGUUUUCUCCUUCUCUGGAGGUUAGGAUCUGAACCAAUGGAUUCAAAUUACAAGAAAGGAGAUUUCGACUAAUCAUUGGGAAGAACUUUCUGACAGUAACAUCUGUUUGACAGUAGAGCAGAUUCCCAUGAGAGGUGGUGGACUCUCUCCUUCCUUGAAGGCUUUUUUAGCAGAGGUUGAAUGGCCAUCUGGCAUGGAUGAUCUAAUUGAGAUUCCUGCAUUGCAAGGGGUUGGACUGUAUGGCCCCUGGGGUCUCUUCCAACUCUAUGAUUCUAUGAUCUGGUCUACAACCACCCGUUAAAGAACCUUGCCCAAGAAGGGCAGCUGGCCAGUAAUUAGAUUUUCUGAAUCCAGGACGUGCUUCUAAAGGAGUGGUCUUAUCACUCCCUCCUUCAAGCAGGCAGGGACCACCCCUUCUCGUAAAGAGGCAUCAGUCACCUCCCUGGCCUAGCCUGCCAUCUCUUCCUUGCUAGUUUUUAUCAGCCAAGAGGGGCAAGGGUCCAGAACACAAGCGGACAUUAGACUUUUCCUCUGUGAUCAUCAGGCAAACUACAGUGUAGAAACUGGUUAGAUAGGAGUACUUUGGUUGAAGUUCAAUGUCAUGUCCGUUGGACUAUGUCCAAAAAUUCCUGUUUCACUGAUUAGGGCAUUAGGCCUUUCAUCAACUGCAACAGCCCCAAUAAGCUGUAAAACUAGAAUUUGGGACCCAAAUAUUAUCUGCUUGUAAGGCAUGUGGGGAACUGCUUUGCAGUUUGUGUAUUGUGGUGCACAACAGUGCUUGCAUUUCUACUAAGCUACAUGUGCUGGCUCACAUGAGCUAAAGGGAAGCUGUGCAUGUGUGCUUAUUGCACUCCAGGUAUUUUGAGCAGGAAAUGGUCUCUAGAAAACUAGGAAGUUAAUGCCACUCUGCACAUUAGUGCAUAGCCAGUGGUGAGUUGGAAGAUGGCACUGCCCUUCCCACCGUGUCAUUGCUGCAGCUUACCUGGAUGGGCUCGGCAGGGCAGCAUUGCGGUGAGGCUAGGGCUGUGCAGGUGCGCCAGGGGGAAGAAGGCAUGUUGACUCUCAGCUUAUGAUUCCCAGUACCUUUCACACCGAUAGGCAGAAGAUCAGGAAGAUAUACAGUAAACAGAGUUUACUCAAGAUCCAUGCCAAAGCACUUUGUGAAUGAUCAAAGUCCUUCACUUCCAGUGUGGGAAUUUUUUUUAGCACCAAUCUUGCUUAGGGGUGUUUUGUACGAAUGAACAUCCUUAUAAGAUUGCUUCCGUGUUACAGAUAGGGAAUAUGUAGAAAAGAUGGAAAGAAAACAGUUCAGAAUUAUAAAGAAGCAAGGGUCUGAAGGAGUUUUUCACAUAAUGUUUCCCUUUCUUUCUUUCUCUCUCUCUCUCUCCCUCUCUCUCUCUCUCUCUCUCUCUCUCUCGUAUGCAUGUUAUAAUUCAGUGCGAUGCCCUUUGCAUAGACAAGUAGUAUAUAUAUAUCAGGAGUUUACACUUGUGGUGUGUUCAGAGAGAUAAGAACAGUGUCAUAGGAUCGCUGCAAGCAUACAGUUUCUUUCAAAAAUAGAACCAAAGUUUAUUCCAUAAUUCCAUAAUUAAAGACGGCACACUAGGCCCAUGGGAAGUAUCCCUUUAAAGACUGGCACCCAAGGCCAUCAGACUAGUGCUAUUUCAAUAGCAUAAGCAACAUCUGUUGAAUGAGCUUCCUAAUGGUAAUGCUACUACAGAUAAGCACCAGUCUUGCUCUAUACAGAAGUGUCUUCAGGUAUAGGUAUCAGAAUAACUUAUGGACCGAGUGACCAUGGAUACAGCAGCUCCCAUAAACACAGCAUUGCUUUAUCUAGUUGCUUGAUUGAGUGAGUCUUUGCUAUUAUUAAGCAGCCACAGUUGCUUGAUUCAUACUGUAUAUCGUCUCUUAGCAUGCUUUCACAUGGAUAAUUAAGACAGCUUGCAUGUAGAAGGAGACGUUUUGAGUAAACUGGGGCGAGGCUUCAAGAGAUACUAAGAGCAUGCCCAGACAGGAUCUUUCCAUGCUCCUAGCAGUGCAGGGCUGCCUGGCCCUACCAUUAGGUAGAGUAUGGAGGCUGCCUCAGGUGGCAGAUUCUAGGGGGCUGGGAUCAAGCUGAGGUAGUGGAGGGCAGAGCUCUGUGUGCAUGGCACACUGUUUAUCCCAUGUCCCCUAAACUAGCCUGUAGUGGAAACUAGCCUGUAGUGAUGUAGUGGAAGACCACUCAGUCUUCCAGGCUUUUAUACAUGGAAAGGAGUUAGGGUGACAUCCUAUUCUUUGCCAUAGGCAGCAAAAUGUCUUGUGCUAGCCCUGUAGAGUGGGGCUGUGGAACAUAAUGGUGAAGAAAGUGAAACACUGCAGAGAGAAUACUUGGGUUGUUCCCUCUGAUACUAUUGUUCCUGAGAUACUUGCCACGUAGACAGUAUAGUCCAAGAUCUGUACAACCUACGGCUAUGCUGCUAUAAAAGCCAUCAUGACUUGCAAUAAUCACCAGCUUCCUCUUCUGGGGUAAUGGGAAGGGUGAAAUGUGAAAAGAUGACACAGCAAGAAUGCCGGCCUCUCACGAGUUGGCAAGUCUCUUGCAUCACUCCAUGCUGAUUCACAGCUGUCUGGCCAUAGCACAAACAUCUGGCAAAAAAAUUGCAGCGUGGCUCAUUUUCUAGAUGGGGCUCUGUGGUUUUAAAAAUAUGCAAGCUUCACCUUCUGAAUGUAUCCAGACAAUUGAUUGGGCACCUGGGUGCCUGGAUCCAAGUCUUCAGAGGAUUCAUAAAAACCUAAAGGUUUAUCCCAAGGUUACAAAAUGAAUCCAUGGCUCAGUGUGAAGCUGCUAGUUUUAGAAAAUCCUAUUUAUUAUAGAUCAUGAGUGCAUUGCUCUGUUUUAUUUAGGGAUGUUAUAAAUAAAAGUGCCAAGGCACUCUGGUUUUGGGGCUAGGUAUGCUGUUUGGGUGCCUGGGUAAGGGGAAUUGCUCAGGGAUUUGGGACCAGGAGCUUGAAAAUUCUGACCUGGUUCAGAUAUUCAUAUUCUGAUCCUUUAAAACUUUCUUUUGGGGGAUUAGGAAUGUGGUGCAGGCUCCUCCUAUCUCUCCUGCAAAUGUCACCUCUCCUCCCCCUUCCCUGUUUUCUCUAACUUUAGUUUAUCAUGCUAUGCAAAUUGGAUGAAUCAUGGUCAGUACUAAUCAGGAUUGCCUUCAGCCUAUGGUCUGGAAGGAAUGUGCUAACCAUAGUUUUAAUAAUGGUCAGAGGAAACCAGGAAAGGGAAGAGCAAAUCAACAGGCAAGUGUGGAAGGAGGGUCCACCACACGAUCCCAGUCCAUUUUUUUGAAUAAUGGAAAGUGACAUUUGAAACAAGCCUGUCUCUAAGUUAUUGGCCGCGUGGCAGUUUGCCAGCUCAUAUCCAGUCUUCCUCUGAAGGGCCCACAUCUUUGUAUACUUUUUCUCUGUGGUACAUCCCUUGCUCAAUAAUUGGCAGAAAAUGCUAAAGGGCAUCAGCAGGCAUUCUGUGGCACUGUCCCCACCAUAUUCACAUGGCCCUUUUCUCCUAAAGUUGAUGUGAGAGUGGAAGAAGAAUUGGCAUGCCUCUUAAUCAUUCAUUUUUCUUCUAUUGACUGUUGGAGGGUAGGUGGGGAAGGAAUCACAGUCUGUGAUGGAUAAUGUGUCAACAGAAGUCAAUAAAUAUAUUGGGAGACAUAAGUGUGUGUGUGUGUGUGUGUGUGUGUGUGUUGCUCUUCUGAAAUGGGGAGAGGAACAUGGCUGUGCUUUGUGAAACCUUCCCUGCUGAAUUAAAGGCUUGUUAAGCAAAAUCUCUCUUUAGAUUUCCCAUGCAUCUGAUAAGACCUGAUUCAGCAGGUGAGCCACCGCUGUGGAACAAUCAGAAGAACUUGGAGCCAAGGGAAUUAAUUGGUGCACAAUAUGAUCAAAAUACAGGUCAGGCAAAAGUGUGGAUGAGCCCGCAGUGAAAUUUAUUGAUAAAGGAGUGGAUUUAGGCUUAGUCAUCUUGCAGUGGAUCUAUUUGAACCAAUGGGAUUUAAGAUGGUCAAGACUAACAAUGGGUUACUCCAGGGAUAGCUAACCCAUGGCUUUCCAGAUAUAGUCAGACUCCAACUCUCAUCAGCCAGUAUGGGUAUUGGUCAGGAAAGAUGGGAACUGGAAUCCAUGAGUGAAGAUGAGGGGGGAAUCAUUCUCCAACAGAAUGUAAUGGGCAGGCACUGUGUUUUGAACUGAAUAAACUCUUCAGUGAACUAAACAAAGUGAAUGGAGAAUGUUUUAUCCUCUUGCAUGAUGAGAGGAUGACUGCUAUAAAAGGAUUGUGCAGCAAGCUUACAGUGAACACAAGAAAGCAGUUGUAACACAGCACGAAGCUGAACUGUGUGGAUUUCGUGUUCACUCACAGUACCAGUAUCAGAGUUCAAAAAAUGACUGCUCACUCGGUAGAGCGUGAGACUCUUAAUCUUAGGGUCGUGGGUUUCAGCCCCAUGUUGGGCAGAAAGACUUCUGCAUUGCAGGCGGUUGGACUAGAUGACGCUCAUCGUCCUUUCCAACUCUAAAUUCUAUGAUUCUAUAAAAAGCUCUUAAAAGAUACACAUUUCAUUGAAGAGAGAUGUUCUAGUAAGCAACUGGCUCUGUUCUUAAAGUGAACAUCUAUGAUAUCUCACUGAAUUCUUUAAUAGAUGCUGUUUUAUCAGAUAUGUAUUUGUGGAAUAAGGGCAAUAUGUGCUAUGCACAAUAUUCAUGGGCACAAAGUACAACCCCAUGCCCAUUGGCUGGUAGCAGGUGCAUGCUAACCAGUCUGUAGCACAAAAAUGUAGUUUUUUUCUCAGUGUGGAAUCAUUGUGCUUGUUUGUCCUCAGAAUGCUGCUUUCGAUCUAGAUGGAUUCUAGAUCCUGCUGUCCGCAAAGAUGGGUGUGUUUACUGGAUGCACGUUUGAAAACCCUUCCCUUGGUGAGCUUAGAUGCACCUUUUCCUCCCUGCCCAUGCCCCAGGUGAAUGAAGGAGGAAGUGGUGAUUGUGAAUGUAUCCGCACCCACCCACCAUGCCAUUGUGCAAGUGCGGAUAGACACACACCCCAUCGCCAGGACUGCCUACAUCCAUUUUCACCUAUUUCCAAAUGAACACACUGUGAGGUUAUGAAACUACAAUGAGCUUUAAUUUUCAGAAUGAAACCAGUUUCUCAAGAAGCACUUGUCAGAAGCAAAAAAGAUAUGCAGUAGUUCUAGACUGUGAUGUGGACUUAGUAGAAAAACAAGUACAGUACUCAGUCUCCAGUGAUUCCAGAAUAAAAUGUUAGGUGUAUACAACCAUUCUGAUUACAACAACCAGGCUUCUGUAGUCAGAACAAUAUUGUGUUUGUUUGGAUGGGGGGGGGGGGACAUAAAAUUGAAACACUGAGUAAAGGAGAAGCUUUAAUUCUGUCUUGUCUCUUCUGGCUAGUGUGGAUGUGAAUCUUUCGUUUUUUUAUUUCUCUCCGUUUCUCAGUUUCCCAAUCUUAAUUUCAGUUCUCCACGUUUGUGUGUUCUUUUUUUAAAAAAAUCCUCAUGGAAGAUUCAGCAGCAUUUUAGCGUAAAGUUCUUAUAUUAUACAGAUUUUUGCAAGCCAUUUCCCCCUAAUGUAAAGCGCUUUUGUAUGUUAUUUUCAUCAAAGUAUUCAUUUUUAUGCACGCUUACCCCCAAAUACCUGUUUUUCUACACUCUGUUUGACUGGAAAACUGCAUCACAAAGUUUGGUUCAGUGCAAACUUCAAAGGAUAGCUGUGUUUUGGUUUGCAUAUUGCUUUGAAAAGUGCAAAUUAGGUAAUUCUUCCUUCAAAUGCACACAAAACCAAAUUUAUCCCUUGUCUUGGAACUAUCUAACUAUCUAGCCUUUGCCUGCUCUUCCUUCCCAGUAGCGUAUAAUCCUUAGGGACAGGCUGUUGUCAUUUCAGAGCUUUCUGAGCUGCAGAACAUGGUUUGCUUUCAUGAUGAUGUCUGUGUGCUGCCCCAUCCUCCUCUCAGACAUGACCAAGCAAAUAUUUCUGGCAGCAUCAGCAUUUUCUCCAGCUCUGUGCUAGAGUCAGCAAAAUCUUAACUUGACUGAGGGAGCUGGAAAGACCUAAAACUGUAUUACCAACUUUCUGGAAAGCACUUUUCUGAAAGAUGCAAAGGAAAUAAGAACAGAGAGGAUCUGACAGUCUAGACAUGUGAGGGGUCAGUCAUCACUGGGUCAUUCCCUCUACCUCUAACAAGAUUUAUCCAAGGCAAUGUACCAAAAGCGAGCCAUGUGGGUUGGGGCAGAUCUUGAAGGGCAUCUAGGCACUGCAAGAUCUGCCACAGGGAAUGUAACUUCAGCAUCCCUCAGAGAUGACUGUCCAGCCUCUGCUUAAGUGCCUCCAGAGAAAGAGGACCCAUCACCUCCAGAGGCAGUCUGCCCCAUUGUCAACUAGCUUUUCCUGUUAGGAACAGUCUGCUAAAGUUAUCCUGAAAUUCUGUUCUAUUCUAUUCCUGCCAUCUGGAGCAACAGAGAACAAAUCAGCCCCAUCUUCUGUAUGACCUCUCUUCAGAUGGACCUAUUGUUCUAACUUUCAUGCAGAAAUAGGCAAUCUCUGAAGCUUCAUUUCCUGACUGGCAUAGCCAACAGAUAUCUAGGUGGGACUGCUUUCAUUCAUUCGUUCCAUUCUGCUUUGAACUCUGUUAUAUCACUUGAUGUUGCAGACUCUGCCAGUUUCCCAUGGGGUUGUGGUAGUGCUCUCUUCUUUCCUCACUACAAUUGCCUCUUUAUUUACCCUCCCCUUUGCCUUGAAUGUGUGCCUUUGACUCCUGGCAGAUGUACAACAAGGGAUUGUGUGUGCUUGGUGUUAAAACUAAAAUUCUGUUCCCAGACAUUCUAAAUUCUGAAGCCUGUAAAUCACACCAAUUUGCAUCUUCUGUGACUUAAUUUAAAAAAUAAUAAUAUUCCAGUUAUGAAACUCCACCCCAACUACUUGAAAUCAUACUCUCCUUCCAACACUUCAGCAGGCAUUGCCUGCUUACAUUCAGGUAUAUCUUUGUGUCCACAAGGGCUGGAACUACCCUCCUCAAAAUGACAGAUUCUCAGGAAGCGCAAUGCAACGGAUGCCCCAUUCUGUGCUUUUCCGGCGGCUGUGCGCGUGUUGCAAUGCUCUGGGAACCCAAAAAAAGCCAGAAUGUGGCACUCGGUGCAAAAUUCGGCUUCCUGAGAAUUACAGCUUUCAUUGCGAAAAAGGAAGUUUCUUUUUUAAGAACUGGCUGAGAGCAGACGCAGGUGGAAUUGGCUUCGGUUUGUCAGGUGGUGAGUGUGAGUGCUUAAUGAGUUUCCGGUUUUUGCUGCUGCUUUUUAUCUGCUUUACACACCUCUGCUUGUUGGCUCCUGCUGGUGCCUGAGUUAAUAGAAGUGUAUGUGGGACCUGUGCUGAUGGUUGUGCACCACUGGUAGUAUUUUGGGCAGGGCAGGGCAGGGCACAGGGAGAGAGUGAUGGUGGGUCUCUGAUGAGCUUGUUAAGGGGAAGGGAAAUUAGGCAGCUUACUACUAUCUUCCCUUUCAGUUCAUCCUCCAGUCUGAGAGAUCCUGGUUGGCAUGCCAGCAACCUGCCAGGUCCGUUGGUAGUGUUUGUGAAUGUCAGAACCUGUGGCCAGGAAAACAAAUGUCUGCCAUCCAGGAUUUGAUUUGGGAGGAACACCCUGACCUGGCUGGUAUGACUGAGACCUGCUCGGAUUAACCCAACUGUGGUUUGUUGAUGAAGCAACAGCAACACUGGCUCAGCAAGCAGGUGGAAUUGAAGUAAUCUCUUGUGGUGUCAUCCCUCUUUGUUGCUCAGCCGUCUUCCCGUUUUGAGUGUCUAGUGGGUUAUCAGGAGAGGCAAGGAGUUCUGCUGGUAGGGUUCCAUUCAUGCCACUAUCUAAGAGUCUCUCUGCUGAGCUGCUGGUCUCAAGGGUGACCCGGAUAUAUUUUAUGGGGGAUUCCAAUGUACAUCUCCGAUGGUGAGGAAAACUCAUUUCUUUGCCACCAAGCAUAUCUACACAGUGUCACCCAGCAGAGGUCCUCAAGAAGCAGGAGGCCUUCAACAAUCUGGGCUGCAAAAAGGGUUGGUGGAACCUGUGGUAGGCCAGUGUAACUAUUUGCCAAACACAUCACCGAUGAAUUCACCCUGAUAUGAGACCGAAUUGGUCUUGGUUUCCCUAGUGGAUGAGGGGCUUGUGAGUCUGUUGGCCCUUUUGGUUAUCAGUGGUGUUCAGCACCAUCAAUUAUGGCAGGCAUAGGCAAACUCAGCCUUCCAGAUAUUUUGGGACUACAACUCCCAUUAUCCCUAGCUGACAGGACCAGUGGUCAGGGUUGAUGGGAAUUGUAGUCUCAAAACAUCUGGAGGGUCGAGUUUGCCUAUGCCUGAAUUAUGGCAUCCUUUUGGGACUCCUUGGUGGACUUGAGGCAUUGGACCAUCUGUCUCCCAGCAGGUUAAAUACAUAGCGAUACGAAAUAUCACAUCAAUGGGGUUAAUCUACAGAACCCUGCAGCAUGUUACCCAAAGUGUGUGUUUCUCCUCCAGCUCCCACCUUCUGGCAUCAUACUGUUGGAAAGGAGCAAAACCGGUCAGCCCCUGCACCUCAGCCAGAUGUUCCAGAGAGUGUGAUAAGACUUAAGAGUGUUGGGGGUGGGGGUGGAGAGGGAAGCAUUCCCCCUCUCUGUCCGUAGACAAAGAUUGAUUCUGCCAGCUAAAUCCAUCUCCUUUCCAUAAUCAGGGCCAGAAGCCAGAUUGAAAAGGAUCAAGGAAAGAGCUGAUAUCGUACUUCCCACCCCCUCUUCCUCACUUUUAAGAGAACAGUAGAGACUCUCCCAGCCUCUAACAUAGCUUUUUAAAAAUGCUUUGGAUUUAUGGAAUGGAUGCGGUCAUCACACCAAACCCAGGAACAAGGGAAAUAAUUGCAGUGUGAACAAAGUUCCUAUGGCAUUCCAACAAACACAGGUGUUUCCUGGCUCUCCUUGCCCAUGUCUGUGACCCCAGGAAUGCCUGCAUGCUUCUAAAUUCAUCACUGCAAGAUUAUUGUUCAUCUAGGCUAAAUGCAAAACCUGAAGGCCCUUGACGGACGGCGCAGCCACCUUCUUGCUGCGCUCCAGGCAGUGUUCUCAUUUUGCCGCAGAAACGAUUGCUCACAUCCCAGCACUCCCUGAGCAUAUUCUGCCAGUCUGAGUUACUUUUCAUUUUGUUAUUGCCCUAAACACUCCUCAGUUUGUCAGCUACCUAUUACCUGCACUGCACGGCCAUCAACAGCCGCCUCCUUGACCUUGGUAAUCUGUGGGCCCUAGGAGAUAAAUAUGUCCCGGCAUUGUGAACUAUGAUCCUUGUGGUAGUUGGGGAGGGGCCGGGCUGAACUCUCCCUCCCCAGUUCUGCACAGGAGGAAAAGGAUUGAGGAAAAUGGAGUGCAUGGUUUUCUUCUUGAGGUGUUAGCAAGAUUUCACGCUCUUGAAAAUGCAGCUUGAAAAACGUGAUGAUAGGCAGUGGAAACUUAAUCCUGGGGCUAGUCGCACAGUUUCACGGAGAGGUUUGUGACUGGCUGUUAUACAAAGCUUAUACUUAUUUAGCUGAAGAAGAACUGGGUCAAAAGCAGUGUUCUGGCUUGGCUUCCCACCUGCCUGCUGAAGUAAAUGCAUUCAUCACCAAGGGCAGGGGGUCCUGAAAUCAAAGAUGCUGGCUACUUUAAUGGAAGCUACUGGCACCAGCAGAAUCUCUGCACUAGCUUUUAAAAAUCAUUGUUUCUAGUCCUCCCUGUUAAACUACUUCUGGAGAAAAACAGGUUUGGGGACAUGGGAGAGGAGAGGGAAGGACCAUGACUUAGCACUGCUUUGGACCCAACCCAUCCUGUUUCCUUUGCACUGAAGGGAACAAGGUGGAACAAAGUAACCACAAUGUAAUUGGGGAAAUUACAACAAGUUAUGUAAUUUUGCCUAAGUAGGCAGCGUGACGAAUAAGUUCAUUUUUGGUGGAAGAUGGACUGCAGCAGCAUUGAAACAGUGCUGUGUGUGACACAUAGUGGGUUGGAAUGGAAAAUGAUGUCUUCUUCCAUCCUGGUGAGGCCUAUUGCCUCAACAGUGAAGGUAGAACAAGAGCCAUUAGGUAGCUACUGAUAACCGUAUCGUCCAUCUCUUUGUCUAGUUGUCUUUUAAAGCCAUCCAAGCUGUUGGCUAUCACUAUGCCUUUUACUACAUCCUUUUAACUAAGAAGCAAAACCUCCCAAACUGAAUAAAGACCCAGUCAGGAAAACGAGUAAACUUUAUCUUUUUUUGCCAGUUUCAUCUGUGGUUUGGCUCCCUCAUGGGACAUGAUAGCAGCUUCAUUCGUAACAAUCUGUAUCAGGAAGAUAAAUGGGAUGGACUCUUAAGCUUUUGGUGUGGGGUAGGCAGGCAGGAAGAAAGAAAGGAUGCGAAGCCACAAGCAUCAGUCUUCCACUUCUGAAUCAUUCAUGUAGCUCAGUUUCUCAGCAUCGCAUACUGUAGUCCUAUUAAAAUAACAGAAGCGGAGCCUGGGAUGGCCCCGUUUUGCAGGGUAGCAGUCAAAAAGAUCUAGCUAGCAGCCAACAUGUUGGAAACUAAUUGGCACGCAUGGUUAAUUGGGUCUGAUGAUACUUUCUGAAAGCAACUGUAGCUACCCCUUAGCGUAGUUUCUGUGCCUGCUGCAGAUGGGGGAAGGUAGUGAUACUGCCUUUCUUUUGGGAAAUGAUAUAAUUAACUGCACUGUAGAUGAUGAACAGGUAGUGAGGUUGGCUCCUGGUUCUUGUUGAAGAACAAUGCCACACCUGCCUGACAUUAAACCAGGCUGUGCAUUCAGCCUUGGUUGGUAGUUUUAUUAGCUGUGCCAAAGAUGUUAUCUGAAAUGAAGCAUGAGAGUUCAAAGCACUGAUGGCACAUUUUAAAGCACAGCUUUUAUUUCCUUACGUUGGUGUUGUCCCUACGAAACCUUUGACAUGGUUUCCGAGAGUCCCUCUGCUCUCCUUCUCCACGUGUUCAGUACCUAAGCUGUGUACACAUCAUCGGCUUUAAACAGAGCUAGGUCAUUCAUUUUCUCUUUCAAAGCUGGCGUGGGUGAAAGGACAUCAAAACAUAGUGUUUCCUAAGAAACAACAAGUUACAGGAUAAAUGUGGAUUGUGGCCAAUGUUGUGUGUACACUGCUUCUCAAACCAGCAGCAAGAACUCGCUGGAUGCAGAGUAAACAACAGUCUAUCCUAUUUGGGGUCUCAUCUACCCAAGAGAUGUUUUGCAAUGUGCUACUUCAAAGGCAUUUGAAUUGGGGGUUACUUCCACCAGCCCCAUCCGCCUCUUUUAAUUUGUUCCAGAGAACUUCGUAACUAACACCAUCUCUCAUCGCAGCCCAUUCCAACACCCAGCAAAAAUAUUUUAAUUUUCCUACUUCCUUCCUUUCCUGGUUGCCAAUCAUGCAUCAUGUAAGACCCACGAUAUGCAACAGGAAGGGGGAAGAGAGAAUAGGGUGUGUUUGUGCAGGAAUUUUUUUUGCAUCAUUUGUGCUGAGUUAUCUGCCGGCUCUGAUUGCUGAGCCAGUCUACAGAACAGUGAGACUGGAAAGUUGAUAACUGGGUGGACUACAUUGUGAGAAAUCCUCUUUAUGCCAGAGCAUACAGAGGGGAAGAGGAAGGCAAGAUGCUCUUGGUUCAUUGGAGGCAUAAGGUGAAUGGUGAACUUGAAGAGCAUGGCAAGUGGCUUACUGCAAGAAGUGAUGAACGUUGAAGGUAUUUCCUCACAUUGAGGAGAAACACAUUACCUUUUUCUUUUUUUCUUUUAAUUGCCCUACCAUUCUGCAUAAAAAGUCUUCAGGUCAGCUCAGAACAAUGUAAACAAUUAAACAGCAAAAAACAACACCACCCCAUCAAAAUAACUAAGAGCAGCCGAAAAUCUGCUGGAGAGAUUUAUGGCUCAGGUCCAGUAUUCUUUUUUUAAAAAAAGUUUUAAGUAUUUUCCAAUAUGUACAAUUGUGUUACAGCCUUUAUUCCUUUUUUUAAAAUAAAGCAAAAUCCUAACAAGUCUUUUCCCACCUGGGAAUAGGUAGUUAGAAAUUCUAUUUCUAAGCUGGGGAGCCAAGAGAUUGAUUUACCGCCCAGUGGGACUCUCACCCUGCCCUAGCCAUCUGUUUUGGUGGGUGAGUGGGAGGUGAUUUGCACCAGUUGCAAGGGGUUACAGACCUGAUACUUAAGAUGAAAAUUUGUAAAAGUCAAGGUAAAGGGACUCCUGACAAUUAAGUCCAGUCACGAACAACUCUGGGGUUGCCGUGUUCAUCUCGCUUUAAAGGCUGAGGGAGCCGCCGUUUGUCUGCUUCCACAGAAAGUUUUUCUGGGUCAUGUGGCCAGCAUGACCCGCUUCUGGCAAAAUCAGCAGUGCACAGACUGCUUACCUUCCCGCCGGAGUGGUACCUAUUUAUCUACUUGCACUCUGUGCUUUUGAACUGCUGUGUUGGCAGGAGCAGGGACCAAACAACGGGAACUCACCCCGUCACGGGGAUUCGAACCGCCAGCCUUUUGAUCGGCAAGCCCAAGCGGCACAGUGGUUUAACCCACAGCACCACCCGCGUCUCUUUGUAGACCAGUGCAAAUAAUAAUUUAAAAAUAGUUUAUUUAACAUCUGUAAUACUCUCCCCUCCCUUGGUUGGCAACAACACCCACCUGACUGCUCUAGGCAAUAGGCAUUGGUCGGAAGGAAAAGGGACCGAGGAGUUUCUUCACCCCUCUCUCAGAACUCUGUCUAAUAACAGGCUGCAUGCACACCAUAAAUUUAAAGCACAUUCCCCCUUCCAGAACAAAGAAUCCCAGGAACUGUAGUUUAGUAAGGGUGCAGGGAACAGUUUCCAGGAUCCUUUAGGGGGUGCUUAAAAUGUAUGUUUUGUAGACAUGCAUACCUGCAUCUUUCAGUCUUCAUCUAUUUACUAGGAUUUGCUGGUGUUGCAUGCUGCUGAGUGACUGUUCCUUUCAUAGGAAAAUUGGUUGCUGGAUGCAAAGCGCUGUUGCACUAAUGUACAGCUUGCAGGCUUCCCAAAUGCAUCUGGUUGGCCACUGUCAGCAUAGGAUGCUGGACUAGACGGGCCAUUGGCCUGAUUCAACAGGCUCGUCUUAGGUUAUUUUGGUCUUGCGACCUCUCCUUAAUGGGAGUUAACUGAACACACCACCCAAACUUUGAGAAAUUGAUUCCCACCUCCACCCUCAAAGGAAGAGGCCUGAUGUAUGGCAGGGCAGGUGGUGGGCAGAAUCUAUUGGUCAGUCUUCCUUUGCAAACCAUCCAUAGGUUGCUGUCUCUCAGUUGCUGAAAUAAAGUUGACAGGGAACCCAGUAGUGUAUUUCUUCUGCGAAAGGGUUGUGAGCGCCAUUUUGGUGCAGACCACAAUUCCCAAUUAUGUCAGGAAAGGAGGUCUGUUGUAUUUUCUCCCCCAAAGGAAACCAAAGCUGAGCCUUGCUAUCCUUGAAACAUCUUUGCACAUGGAAAGGUUGGGAGUGUGCAACAGGGAGAAGAGUUUUGCCUCCAUUCCUGAUGGUUGCAUCUGCUUCUCCAUUUAAUUUCAUUUAUUCAUUGUUUAAACUCUGGAACUCGGCUUGAGUGGUCAAGCAAAUGAAAAUAUUUGGUUUGUUUUUUUUAAUGUAUGAGGCCAGAAUAAGAAAAGUAGAGGUAGAAGCCUUAGUCCAUGAUGCUACACCCUUGUGCAAAUUAAUUGAAACAAUGUAGUUUCAUUUUUUUUAUUGUAUAAAACUCACAUAUAAAUGUACAAAACUCACAUAUACGUACAUUAGUAACCGAUAUGACCGCUGCUAUUUUUAAGCAGCAUUUGAAUACGGUUUGGCAUGGAGUCCACUAUUUUCGAACAGUCACUGUUGAUUUUCGGAUCCCUGUACCACACUUGAAUCAGCGCCUGAAUGAGCUUCUCCAUAGUCAUACAGUCUACAGCACGGAAGCGACUUUUGCAUAUAGACCACAAAUUCUCCAAUGGGAUUUACGUCCAGGGAAAUCCCUGGCCAAUCAAGUACCUCUAUUUGCUGCUCUGUCAUGAAUUUCUUCACCACUUUUGAUGUGUGACAGGGGGCUAGGUCCUGCUUCAGUAUCCCAGUACCAUUAGGAUACUUCUUUCCCAGCUCUGGAAUAACUCUCUUGUAGAACCUCAAUAUAUUGUGGUGAGCGCAUCAUUCCUUCUAUUGGCUGCAGGCUUCCAACACCAUAAUGAUUAACUCACUUUUCGUGUUUGUUUUGAGUACAGGAUUAUGAGUAAGAUAGAAAACAUGCUUUGUUUCAAUUAAUUUGCACAAGGGUGUAAUUCCCGAUCUCCCCACCUCUGUUGUCUCUGUGCAGAAGCCACCUUUGGGCUACUCUCCCGGCCCUGCCAGGUGAUGGUGUUGCUGAAUCCACGCAGCGGGUCAGGCCGGGCCCUGCAGCUAUUCAAGUCCCAAGUGCAGCCGAUGCUGACGGAAGCCAACAUAGGAUUCAGCAUGUUUAUAACUGGUAAGUUUUGUGCCUGAACAAGGCCACAGUGAAAACUGCAGUCCCUCUCUGGAAUGACAGGCCAAUGCAUGUCCCAAGAUGGCUGGAGCCCCACAAAAGUGGUUGUGCUCAAACCUUUAUGUACAGCUCUGCUCUGACCCACCCACACCUGUGAUAUUGCUGGCACUGCCAAACUGGAGGACACUCCUUUGAUCAACCAUCCGGGUAGCUAAUAUUCUAAGGCAGCCUCCCCCAAUCUGGUUGGACUCCCAACUUUUGCCAUCCCCUGCCAGCCUGGCUGAUGGUCGGGAUCUGGAGAGCACCAGGUUGGGGAAAGCUGAUCUAGGAGGAUCACGGCCUGCCCCGUUUAAUUACAGUGCCACCUAUGUGUGAGCAGAAGAGUUAAAAAUGCAGGUAUAGGCUUGACAAGGCUCUAAUCUUGCAUUUUUUGCCGGGAAAGGAAACCCAAAUAACUCUUCCCUCCAGCCCAACUCAGGUUGACCCUUUUCUGCAGAGUGCUGCUUUGUGAGCGUGGCUGUGAUUUCACUGAUUUCAAAGUGCAGCAAACUUUGCUGUAAAUGUCUGGCUGAUCCUGUUCAUCCCAUUCCAAGAAGAGAUGGGAGGAGAGAACAACUCCUUGUUACACACAUUUUUUGAGAUGCCCGUCCCCUUCAGUUCAUAACCUAAUUCGAUGAAACAUUGCUUCAAACCAGCUUGCCAUUCCAUCAAAUAGGAUUGGCACAGGUAGCAUUCCAUUUGACAUCAAAUGAUGGCCAGGGAGAACAUAUUUUGCCACUGCUUGGAGACAGGAUUGUCCUGCCUCACCUGUAGUGUGAAGUAUGUCAACUUCUGUCAACUAUCUCUUCCUGCCCCCCCAUCAAAUUUGUUUUGCUGGGACAUAACAUACAAGUCAUACAUGCUCAUUGUCUUUGUUGCUAGAGAAGAACAACCACGCUUGGGAUCUGGUGAGGAAGACGGACUUAUCCAUGUACAGCGCCUUGGUCAUUAUGGCUGGAGACGGCUUGCUAUAUGAGGUAAGCGGGGCAACUGGGAUCCGGCUAACUAUGGGCUCCCUUGCCUGUUGUGUCAUAGCACCACAGUGCGCCUCCCAUCACCAAAGACCGGAUGCUGCCCAAGGUGGGCCCAUGUUUAAUGGUUGUAAAGGAUUUUGCUACUUAUUCCGAUGAGACCUUCCGGCCCACUGCAGUGCAAAGUGUCUGGGAAGGCGACUGUACUUUGGAGGCGGGUGGGAACUGGCAAGGGUUGCAAAUCCAGUCUUGGACAGUGAAAGUCUGCAGGUCACAGUUCUCCCACUGUCUUGCAGUUAUUGAAAUGUCCUCCUCCUGCUGCACAGUGGGAAACUGGUACGAGAACCCAAUUCCAUAUUCAGUCUGGUAAGUGUAUGGCAGCACUGGCCAGAAAGGAUUUAAAUUGGAAGGAGGUUGUCAGGAUAAACGAGGGAAGGCCUCCAAUGUAUGUUUGUAAAUUUCAUAUGGGUAGCUUUUAAAAUGUGGAAACUAAUGCCUAACAUUGACUUCAAUUCAUAUUAAAUAUUUGCGUGUUUCCCCUCCCCUGCCAAAGUUUGCACCUUUGAUUCAUGUUGCGUGGCAGCAAUCAAAUGAUAAAACCAUAGUAAACUUGCAACCCUUUCCUUAAAGGGAGUCGUGGAAAAUUUCUGUAUGGUUGCAGGUUGUGCUGCACAAGGCAAAAUCUAGAAGUUUCUGCUUCAGAAACUGAUAGAAUACCCACUCCCCUUCCUUUUUCUUAAAGGGUCUUCCCAGUCUUGAUGGCUAUGGAAAGAUAUUUGAGAACAAUAAGCAGCCUGCUAAUGGCGAAGCGAUCCAAAAGUUGCAAUGUUCAAUAGAAGUGCAGCUUAAAUGCAGGUUCUGAUGCAGAACUCUAAGAUGCUUCUGUGUUCCUGUUUUGUGAAUGCGGAGUGUAUAUGGUUUCCAUUGGCGGGUUCAAUCCAUGCAUUUGACUGCAGGGUCAUUCCAUAUCAAGAGAUCCAACUUCUUUACUUCAUGUCAUCCAAUUUUCUUAAUAUUUUAUAUGCACACUUGUUGAAUGAUCAAAACUAAGUUGAAAUACAUAAAAUUUUGUUACAUAUGUAUUUUGUUGCAAUGUUCAUGAAAUGAAGUACUAACAAUAAUUCUUUCAAAGCAUGCGUUCUAUAACGCAACAACAAGCUAUCACUCCGUUUUAAAAUACAUUUUUAAAAGAAAAGCCUGGCUAGCUUUUCAGAUACCUUUUAAUUACAUAACUUUCUAAAGAAAUGCCUGAAUUAACUGAUAUUAUAGUUUGAAGUCUUGUUUCUUCUGUUAUAUUUUACACCAAGAAGACCCAUUUAUCCUAAAUAGAAGGCAGACAUGUAUGUACAAAAUAUUUUCCCCCAGUGUGAUCCCAUGAUGAAAUAUUGCAGGUAGAUCUUAGAAAUAUGAAAUAAGCAAUAAUUUUUUUGAAAAUCUAUAAUCCUAUUAAAUUUUUAUCACUUUUAAAAAUUUUGUAACCUAAAUUUUAAAUUUAAGUUACAAGUCCAUCUUGUGACAUAUCAUAUUAAAGCCCAUGAAGUUCUGAAGAGAUUGGUGUUCUUGGUUUUGAUGUAUCUUAAUGCUGGGCUCAGCUUUUAAAGUUUUUGUGUAGUCUGACAAGGCCAAAAUUGUCAAUUUUUUGAAAUUUCAGGCCCUUAUAACUCAAAAAUGGGAUGAGAUAAAAAGCUUAAUUUUUAGAUUUAAAUUUAGUUUUGAUCAUUCAACAAGAGUACAAAACAUUCAGAAAAAUGGAUGACAUGAGGUAACAAAGUUGGAUCACUUGAUAUGGAAUAACCCUACAGUGAAUUGAAAGCUUGACUAUUUGAACUGGUAGUAGUUAGGUAUGACCAGCCUUCCAAUGACAGAAUGCUCUGACAAGAGUUUGGGGAUAGCUUGACUGCACUCUCACCUGUAGCAUAUUCUUUAUUACUGUCCUCUCAUUUCAAAUAAUGUAACUGAGGUGUGUCUGGAACACACACUCCUCUAAUAACACAAUCCUGUGCACGUCCAAGCAGAAUCAAGUCCCAUUGAAUUCAGUGAGAUGUACUCUUAGAAAGGUGUGUAUAAACCAGCAGGUUUUGCAUGCAGAUUUUCAGAGUUUGAAUUGCAGUACCUCUGUGUACAUAACCUAAGGCCUGACCCCAAAGACUGGUUUUAAAUGGACUGGCCACUUCUGUGCUAAGCCAAGUCAGAGGUGAAAAAACCACCUUGCUCCCGUGUCCUUUCCUUUCCAGUAAUCCCUUUUGCUACCAUGUGUACUUUUUUGUAGGUGAUAAAUGGACUGAUGGAGCGACCCGACUGGGAAUCUGCUAUCCAGAAGCCUCUUGCCAUCCUCCCAGGAGGUUCUGGGAAUGCCCUGGCUGCUUCUCUCAAUCACUACACGAGGUAAGGCAUCACCGGUGGUUGGACCCGUGCCAGCUCUGCAUGUGUGUUUCCAGGGCUGGCCCUACCAUGAGGCAGGGGGAGGUGGCUGUCUCAAGUGAAUGCUGUAGGUCAAGGAGCAGCAGUGGCAAGGUGCUGGAGGAGGACAGGGUCAAGUGUGCCACACAGCUUGCCCUACACCUGCUCAACUAACCUAGUGUUCUCAGGUGGAAGAUUCCAUUUCCUCUCCAAUGCUGGGGGCAGAUUCACCCGUCAGCUUUGCUAGCUUUGGCGCUAACAAAUUGUGGAGUUUGGCUGUGUGCACUAUCCAGCUUCAGGCAGCAAAAUGUAUUGGGCUGGCCAUGUACCCAUAAUUGCAUGUGUGAAGUUUGGGUCCUGGGGCUUCUCCAGCCUAGGAAACUCAGGCCUUGGGGUAAGUGAGGGUGUGUGAAACUACUUCCCGCCCAUUCGGCUUAUGGCACAUGCCGAACUGGUGGUGCGCAGGUGCCACUAGCAACAGAAUCCUGUUUGCGCACACCUGGCUUUACAGUUGGCUAAAAGCAUGAAUUUUUUGUGUGUGUGUGUGUGUGUGUGUAGUGGCAGCAGCACAUGGCUGAUUUCUAGCAGCCACCACAGUUAUGUUGAGCUCCAAGCAAUGUUGGGAGUUUCCAGAACAACCCCUCCAUGCUGAAUUAUCUAUCUUUUGUCAAUCUAAAAUUUAUGGUGUUUAAAAAGAUGCAGGAGCCCCAAUACAGUUCCCACAUUGGAGGAAAGCAUGAAAAGUGAGUCAUGGGGCAGCAUGAUUUCAAAGGCUACAUAGGGUGAGAGUGAGCAAAGGGCAUCUCCCACUCUCAUCCAAAAAGCCAGCCCACAUUCCACACUGAGUGCUCAGGUCUGUAUAUGAGCACUGAGUGGUUAAAUAAAAACAGAUCCUGCAUGAAGGCUAAGUUGUGUGGUGCAAUGGUAAGCUGCAAAGUCACAGAUAUCCUUUUGCAGGCUUCUGUUCUGCAAGGAAUAGAAGAAGGGCAAGGAGACAUUCAGAAAACCGAAACUCUAUGGGAACCCCCAGUCUUUUGCUCAUUCUGACGUUCUACCAGGCUUACAGUUGGACCAAGAUUGGUACCUGCUCCUGCCCUGUUUAUUGCACAUCUUUCUGCUUAGUGGGGCUGGCAAGGCAGCUGCACUUGACAGACUUCCCUUGACAACCAAUGGUGUCUUGUAAUCUCCUACCACUGCUGUCAAAGAGGAAGGGCAUCAGGGGGACAAUGUGCAUUCACAAAAGAAGCUUAAUUACAAGUCCUCAGCUCAGGUUUCGAUCCGCUCCCUGCAAUCACAACCAACAUCCCCCAGCCCUGGCCUCUGCCCCUUCCACAGCUGGCCACCUUUCCCAUCUGCUCUGUGACUAAUCCUCAUUUCUUAGUGGGCUUCAUCUUGAGGAGGGAGGGGAGAGGCAAUGAGGUGGGUUGAGGGUGUCGCUAAUGGGCGUUUCUCUCCCUGUCCUGCUGGCUCAGCCACCUGGCUCCUGCACCCCAACUAAUGCUGCUGUGUAAUUCUCAGGGAAAUAAGGCUUUGAGAGCAUAUCUGGGCCCAGUCCGAGAGAGCAAAGCGAGUCAUGCUUAGGCCUUGCUCAGACACUGGGGUAGCCAAGCUGGUGCCUUCCAGAUGUUGCAAAAAACACUUCAGGCCCACCAUCUUGCUUGCUCUUCUUAAAAGUUAAAUAGUGUGGCUUUGCUCACCCUUCAUAUCUUAUUGUAGGGGAAUCUACAGCCCCUUUGGGGAUGAAGGAUUUUGUACAGUAACAACACUAAAUGGCAGCAGGGGGAAUUACAGGGUGUAUAGCUCAUCUGUAAAGCAUGUGAUUCUCAUAGUAAAUGCUCUAUGUUCAAUUCCUGACCUCUCCAGGCAAGACUGGGGAAGGCUCCUACCUUGAAACCUUGCAGACAGUCUAUUGUCAAUGCAGAAAAUAGUGAGCUAAAUAGACCAAACCUCUGAUAUCCUCUGUAUGGAAGCCUAGUUUUCUCCUGCCACAAAAGCGGCAACACUGACCUCUCCCUCCCUACUACUGAUUUUCAGUAGAUGUCGUGAUUCAGAUGCCUGGAAGAUGUUUAAGCACUUGAUAAUGGAUAUAAACAUUCAGUUAUAAAACCUAGCACUGUAGAAACUCUUCUUUGGGGCAUUCUUUUUUUACCCUGAUCUUCCACCAAUGUGGUUCCCAGAGCCACAUUCAUGAAAUUGUCCUUUUAUAGUGCAAGCCUGCUGGUAGGGGCUAAGGGGAAAACCAGCAAACUCAGGCAGUAGUUCUGUAGUCUGUAUAAUGAACGGCUUGAAUGGAAAUGCUUCAGGGUCAAGAACAGGUCAAGUGGAGCUAGUUUCUCCGCAGAGCCGAUGCCCUUGGCCCUGCUUCCCAUCUCUCCCACUGCUGCCUCUAGGUGUGUUUUUGCCCCAAAGGCGCAUCAGCUAAGAAGCCAUAAUGGGACACCCACAAAUCCCUACUUGGGUGGGGGCACUUUUGAUGAUUCAUGUUGGUGGGGAGAGUCCAGUGCCCUCUGGUCACUCUAGCUAGUCUCAGCUGAUGAAACCUGACAGCUGCAAUAUGGCGCUGCUCCCUUGUCCAUCUGCUGCUGCAUCUCAGCCCCAUCUUUUUUCACGCGGCUACAAGGGGCUGUUGGGACAACGGGCUGCCUAUAGAAUGCUUAUCAUGAACACCUUGAGAGAACAGAACCCCGAUACUGUGCUUGCUGUGUGAUGACCUAGCUAAAGUGAAACCGGCACUGUAUGGUUGACUCCCACACCAGAGGUCACCUCCUCAGGUCAUUCCAGCACGGGAGGCGGUGGUGGCUCAGGGAUGGCAUUGGGCUUACCUGUAUGAUUGUACUGGCAACAUGCAAGGACACCAAAGCAGCAGUCCAAAAACUGUUUUGUCCCAGCCCCCACCCUGUGGAAGAGGAAGGUAAAUUGGACCUUUGACUUUCAGGAGAGGAGACCUUUUGUGCAACCCACUACCGUUUCCGCACUACCCUUGGGCUGGCCCCUUCCAUGCCACUGUUUUCACGCGCUCCCUUUCUUUCUCCUGCUGCAGCAAGGGCCACUUCAACAAGGAGGAGCUGCUCAUGAACUGCACUUACUUCCUCUGCAAAGGCCUGCACGCCCCCAUGGAUCUCAUGUCCCUCCACACGGCUUCAGGCAAGCGACUCUUCUCCUUUCUGAGCUUCGGCUGGGGCUUCAUCUCCGACGUGGACAUUGCCAGCGAGAGGUACCGCAAGCUGGGAGGCGCCCGCUUCACCGUGGGCACGUUCCAGCUCCUGACAACGCUCCAGGUCUACAAGGGCCGCCUCUCCUACCUGCCCUGCGGCGACCAGAGCCCCAGCCCUGGCUCUUCACCCUCUGCGGUGGGACACGGCUCCCCAUCGGCACUACACUCCGAACAGUUCUCCUUCAGCAGCAAGAAGUCCCUAUACAGCUUCUUCCCGUCGGUCUCUUCGUGCGCCAGCAGCAAGAGCUGUUUGCUCGAGGACUCCUUGCUGGUACCCUUUGAGCAGCCCGUUCCUGAGCACUGGACUGUAGCCCCGGAGGAGGAGUUUGUCUCCAUCAUUUGCAUCCAACACUCCCACCUGGGAGCAGACCUCCUGUUGGCUCCCCAAGCCAAGCUGUACGACGAUGCCAUCCACCUCUUCUACGUCACGGCGGGGGUCUCCCGGCUUUCCAUGGUCAAGUUUUUCAUGGCCAUGGAUAAAGGGACGCACCUGGCUCUCAACAGCCCCUAUCUCCACUAUGUGCCUGUCAAAGCUUUUCGGCUCGAGCCCCUGGUGCGCAAGGGCUCCAUGACUGUGGAUGGAGAGUUGCUGCCCUGCGAACCUGUGCAAGGUCAAAUGCACAGGCGGCUUGCCCGCGUCAUCAGUAGCACAGGGAGUUGAAGGGGUGGGGUGGGAGGACCCCCGAUAAUGCACAUCAUCAACACUAUCUCCGACAGGGAUAAUUCUCAGGGGAAACUUGGCUUGCAGAGCCAUUUUUUGAAACUACAACACGAGUAAUGGUGGAGCCUGUCCUCCGGUGGGCAUAAGACUCUCACUCUUCCCUGCAGUUUCAAUGUCUUCCUGCUCUGCACUGCCCAGAGGAAGAGAUGAAGCAGGUCUCCAAGACCAUAGCUCUGUUUUGCCUCUCCAUCCAAUAUCAAACCUUCUAUGCACACCAACUGCGGCUGAAGCAGAGAACCUGCUGUCAUCCCAAUGCAGUGGCUACGUGAAUAAAAAUGCCUCAGUCCAAUGCCACUUUGGGGACCACUUUUAAUCCUCCUGUAAUUUUUUUAAAAAUAAACUCACUCUCUCACACAC